AUGGCGCCGGUCCCUCGCUAUUCUCUACCGUCAAACCUAUUCUUCUGCUUCGCACUUCUCGGAACAGUGCGCUCCAAUCAUGGCGAUUUUCAUCGCGUAUCAACCCUGGGAAAACGCACCGUCUCUCGGGAGUCACACCUUCAGCAAUUCUCCUACAAUCGGCCUCCCCAGUUAGGUGUCGAGCGGACAAAGCUCAAAAUCUCCUCAACAGGCGGUGCCUGCUGGACGCCGCUCGAGAAUGUCUGGUGGCGCGAGGAAUUUUGGACCCAACUGGUCAUGAUCCCGAUAAACGCGGCAUCCGAAUUGCCGGAGCCCGCAGCAGGACGACCGACAGGGACAAGUUUGAAAAUUGCAAAGAAUGCGACCAUGACAACGACAUUGACUACGACCACUCCAGUGACCUUCGUCGCUCGCGGAUAUCCUUCAGCGGAGCGACACCAGGAGAGUUGUCACGGGGGUGAUAGUGAGGAUAGUGGCAAUCCUGCCGCCACGGCAGCCACAAGCGUUCAGCUCGGUGCCAGUCAAGACAAGCCGACUGUGCUGGACGAUGACCAGUCAGUUGAUAUCCCCGACGCUGCUGCCUCUGACGACGAAAAACCCACCUUCGAAGUCACGGACCCGAUAACCCACAGGGGACUCUCCCCCUCGCUAACUUUGUCUGGAGGAUUUGCCGAGCCAGACACAGAGGAUGGAAAGGAUACUUCAGACAGUCUAGCGAAGUACAACACGCGUGACCCUGUACGCGACGAGAAAGGAGGAAGCAACAAAUCACACAAGGACAACGCUUUCCACACUUGUACCCUCACCAGAGGCAAUGGCGGUAAUGAGCGUAGUGAAAGUGGCAUAGGUUCAGAUGCACCAGCAUCUAUUGGCCAAAUCCACGAUGUCUUUGCCGAAUUUGAGGAGACCUUCGGCAUGGCUAGGCGGAAGCAGAACACGGUUACGACAUUACGUGACUGUCCGGAUCGUGACGUCACAGCACGCUCUAUCCCACGCCCUGUCCGUGCUGCGGUCGACGGCGCCGCGGACAUGGAGCAACUUGCAGAGGCCGUAAGCGGUGAUGUUGGCUGUAACUACUUGUCAAAGGAAGAGAUCGAGAAUGGGACCACAUUCCAAUCUAGACAGGAGAGCGAUGGACAAAAGACACAGACCGAGGAUAUUAGUCCCAGUGUAUUUCCACAUCGGCUAGCGACUGUCGCACGGGUGAGUUCUAUAUCGGCGCUGUUAAGUCUCAUCCUGGUUCUGACAUGUAGUAUAACAGAAAGUACUAGUACCGUUACAGGACCUCCGCCAUCGACGCCUUCCAUGGUCACGCAUCAGGCUACUCGACCUGAUGCUAGCGCUGACACCCAAGGAGCACCGAAUCGAAAACGAAUUCGGCCAUGUACCCAACCCGCAGUUCUCUCCGACGAUAACGCUACCCGCAAACGGCGUCACUGCGCAACGAAGGAGACGUGGAAGGCAAGAGAGACCAGAGAGGCACAGGAGAAGUUCGAGGCCAAGCUGUCUCAGACACUGUUGAACCCAUACCGGAAGAAACAGACUCACUUUCAUUGGCCCUAA